AUGAACGUGCUACAAUUUUUGCUAAUUCUCCUCACAAUAUUCACGUCGUGUGUAAUCCUCUUGUCGCCAAUUGUAGCGGCAAAAAUAUUGGCAAAACGGGAAAAUUUUAAUACGAGUCGGGAACUAAGUGAAAAUUUGACAAACAUUUUAUCCCAGAAUUAUAAUUCUUCCUGUGAGACGGAUUGUCAGUUUGAGAUUAUUUUCAUUUUUGCACUGUUAUCAAAUUAUAUCAAAAACUCGUCUGAUACAAAUCAUUCCCUGUACUUUAAACACGUCGCCGGUUUAAAUGAAACUCAACGUGAGGAGUUCGUUCAACAUGAAGUUGACGUAAUUCGGGAGGGGGUAGAAAUUUUGAAAAUUUCUGGAAAAUACGGAAAAAUUGUGGCAGUGCAGUCGAACGAUAUUCUAAAGAGGACGAAGGGUUGGUCCAUUUGGUUUGAUGGGUUUAAGAGGACGCAUCUUUGGAAAUUCAAAGUUCUGGAUCUUAAAGCCAAAUUAUUCUACUGGCCAGACUUUAAGAAGGAAAAGAUUCGGCUCGGGCUCGCCGCAGUGAAUCUUAUCUUUACCAGUUCCGUUGCCUUGAUCUUUUUCUUAUUGUGGAAAAAGCGACAAAAUCUACACAUCUGGAUCCAAUUUGGAAUCGUGGUGACAUAUUUUUUUGAAAAUGUUGUCCGUGUAGCAGGAAUGUGGUGGGUGGUGAGGACCCAUGACGACGCCCAAUACAUGGAAGCAUGCAUGCGACAAUUUGGCUUCCUUCUGUUCAUAGUUUACAUGGCAUACUUCAUCCUCACCUUGAACAUUUUCUUCCUCCUCGUACUCAACCUGGAUUUAUGGCAAAGCUUUCGAAGCAUCAGAUUUCAGAAACGUUCCGUAAAUUCGGAUCGGUCCCGUUUCCUGGUUGCGCUCGCCUUUUGUCUGAUAAUAUCCGCUAUUUCAACUGCAGCAGGUCAUUGGGCAAAAUUAUUGGCCACCGCUGGGGUUGAUGUGCAAACCACUGGUGCUUUUUAUAACGUGAAGAUUGAAGCUGUUCGCCUAAUCGUGGUGAUAAUUUUGUGGAUCGUGAACGCCAUAGUUUUUAUCUGGACGCUGAUCGGACUCCGGAAAGCAAUCGAGAGUACGAAGCCAGCCAGACAAAAUGUCGACACCAAGAACCGAGAAAGAUUUUACAUGUAUGCACGCCUCUUUGGCGUCAUGAUGGGAAUGUCCGCCCUGAAAACGACGCUUUACAUUUUGUUCGUUCUCCAAGCCCACUACAAGGCCCACCCCUUCGUCCGACGCACCUCGUCAGUCACGAUCUGGCUGGUUGUUCUCCACCCCCUCGAAGGGCUCCUCGCCUCCCUGGCCAUGGUUGCAAAUGGACGGACGAUCACCCAAAUUAGGGAAGUUUUCAAGCAGGGAUUCAUUUUCAAGAGGUCUUUCUCCUCAUCUGAAUAAAUAAUUCGGAUAAAGUGCGGAAUAAAGAUAAUGAGAUAAAUGAAUAAAUACGAAUUAUAUUUAAGUAUUAUUUAUACAGAAUUAUACAUAUUUACAUACAUUUUUGGUUGGAAAUAAACUAGGACGUAUGGGCGAGACAUUUAAGCUUUA